AUGCGGUUAAUGCAGGGUCACAGUUGGGGCCUCAAUCCGCAUAUUCAUAAGAUCAUCUAUCAGACAGUUGCAGAAAAGAUUGUAACGUAUGCGGCGGCCGUAUGGGCCCAGCCGAUGCAAAGCCGUAAAGUGCGGCAUCUUUCAAGUAUACAAAGGCAAUUUAUGUUAAACAUCACGAGGGCCUACCGCACGACAGCAACUAGCGCACUGAACAUUUUAGCAGUUCUCGUUCCCCUUCACAUCAGCGCCGAAAGGGAGGCAGUCCUGCAACAAGUUAAGCAACUGCGGCAACCAGCCACUUUAUAUGAAGAAACUUACUGGCCCAGAGAUUAUGAAAUUCCAGCCAAUCCACUUGAGUUCCACCCAGCACAGCAGAGCGUAGGAGUACGAAUCAACCUCAAAGGGCGACCUGAAGAUAUGAACAGGUACAAUACCCGUAUCUUUACUGAUGGGUCAAAAAUGGAUGACAACGUCGGAUGUGCGUACGUAAUGUUUCAAGGCCAAGAACAGGUCGCGCAAUGGAAGGGCCAUCUGAACAAAAACAACAGCGUCUUUCAAGGGGAGGCACUGGCAAUUCAAAAGGCAGUACAACAUAUUGCUUACCAUAACAUCAGGAAUGCAGCAAUAGUUUCCGACAGCAUGUCAGCCCUACAAGCCAUCCAAAAUCCGGCACACACGUCCACAAUUAUCAAAGAAAUUCAAUACCAUCUAAGGCAGACAGAGCAUCUGCAUGUUCGCCUGGCAUGGACGAAAGCCCACGCAGGAAACACCUGUAACGAGGCAGCCGACCUCCUCGCGAAAGACGCAGCCCUCAACAAAGAAGCGGAGGAAUUGGAAAUUCCAUGGCCACACUCUACUUUGAAACGACAUCUCCAUCUGCAGGCUCUCGCUAAGUGGCAGGAAGAAUGGGACACUGCACAAACAGGCAGGCGUACACACUACCAUCUAAUGUACGUAAACCCUGCCCGGCUAUGUUCUAAUACGCACUUGGUGCUCUAUAUCACGGGCCAUUGGCCUUUCCCAGAGUACUUUGCCAGGCAUGGCGUGACUGACAAAGAUCAGUGA